CCAAACAUUGAGUGUGCUCAUUGUGUUAUCAGAGCUCGGUACCAGUCGCACAAACCAGGAGAAUCGAUAUUUUACCAGUGUUCGGAUAUUUCCAUAAAGCAAACAUCGGCAGAACCAGAAAAGGUAAAGCUAUUACCACCACAGCAACUAGAACUUGACACUCAGUAUGGAUCUAUAUUGAAAAAAUAUCACAAUUUAAAAAGAAAACACGAAAGUUCUCAGUACAUCGAUCAACAUUGUUUUAUUGGAUUUUCAUACAACCCCUUAACUCCUUUUGAUGGUUUCUUAAUGAGUGUGAACUUAAGGACAGGUGAAACUAGAGAAAUGGAAGAAUUUUAUAUCAACAUUGCCCUUAGACAGAAACAGAGUCCUAAAAGGUAUCAAAUAAAGGAUCUUGCGGGAUACGGUGAUUUUGUGUAUGAUGCCAUAUCUGCGAUUAACUCGAAUGGUAAUUUUGUGAAUUUAUACCACACCGGGGAAACGGCUGACAUUGUUAAUGAUUUUGUCAUGGAGGUUGACCUAAAGCAUCCAGGAAAUGUCAUUAAAAGGGCGAAAAUUGUCAAUAAUUUAGACUUUCCUAUCAGCGCAAUACUUCCUUUUGCUGAAGACAGUUAUUAUACAGUCACUCUGGCAGAUCGUGUUACUAAAGGGCAAUUCCAGUUCAUUCUUGGACAGUUGACAUAUACAGCAACUCAGCAAUUCUCUUACAAACCAAUUCUGUGGUCAGUACCAGAAUCACUAUAUGUAAAUUAUCAAUGGGCGGAAUAUGACAGUGUGAGAAAUCUUGUGUAUAUACUGAUGGGUAACGAGAACUCACCCGAUAGACUCCAGGCAAGAAUAUAUACAUACGAUCUCACAGAAGGAAAUGUUUCCUGGGUGGCGGUAGAUGUUUCUGAUUAUACAUAUAUGUCUAUGCAUGUUCAUAAAAAGACAGGUCGUCUUCUUGCAGUUUCACCUGGACUUACAUAUCAUUUUAAUCCAUAUUGGUCACUUAUUGAGGUCGAUCCACUUACGGGAAAAUCUAAAAACCUGAAAAUUAUUGCUUAUGGUGGAUAUUUUUCACUAUAUUAUGGUGGAACCAUAUUCAAUGGAAUUGAUGAGGAAACUAAUACUUUGUACCACGUUUUUAGGUUGAUUGACACAAAUGCUGACGUUAUCGUUGGAAUAAAUAUAAACACUUACAAGAUGACAUUUUCUGAAAUAACAAACCUGAGACAUUUACAUAAUCUAUCAUAUAUUCGAGCAAACAAUACUUGUUUUCUCUAAAUGUCACACUCUUUAGGCUUUCUAAGGCAACAAAAGAAUAAAGAUAUAUUCCUAUA